AUGCACGAACAACGCCAGCGACACUGCGACAACAGAACUUCAACGUGCGUGAACGAAGUUGGGACGUACAGUUGUAACUGCUUUGGCGGAUUCUACAGCAAGAACCCAUGGACAUGUGAUGAUAUAAAUGAAUGCCUGAACACGACGAGUCUUUGUGAUCCUCAAACAUCAACCUGCUUCAACCAGAUUGGGUCGUACAACUGCUCGUGCUUCAGUGGCUUCCAGAACAAGGACCAAUGGACUUGUGAAGACAUAAACGAAUGCGUGAAAAACGCAAACGCAUGUAACACCGCCAUCUCGACAUGCGUGAACAACGUGGGGACGUUCAGCGUUAAUAAAGACCAGGUAGAGCAGCAAAUAUUUGACAUGCUUCGUGCUUCGUUUUUAGUUUCAGGAGAGAGAAACCUCUUGUUUGCGUUCAUCGGAGUUUUUGGAGCAGUCAUCCUGACGUUGAUAAGCGUGUUAGCUUACUCUGCUGCCUCCAAUCAAUCCCAACUGGCCAAGGCAAACCUCUCAAGAGUAACGAAGCUGAAGAACUUUACAAUGUAA